CCCUAUAAACGGUCAACUCCAUCACAGAUCUACUACUUUGAACAGACUGGGCGCAGCUAUAUUAUAUGGGACUUGUCUGAGGCAUCGCUGGGCCGAUACCAAACGCGGCUUGCUCGCAGUCACGCAUUGCACCACGUCGUUCUCAGGCGGACUUGGGCUCUCUCAUCUACCUCCGAGUCGUCGUGUCAUCUCCGCGUCCCCCCUUCAUACAGCCGUCUGCAACGAGGGUCAGUGCUAUAUAGCCACAUCCAAACACGUUGGAAUAGCGAGCUCGAAUGGCCCUCCUACAUCGUCCACCCACACCUGAUUCGCCAAUGUCCUCUAGCUUGCGGCGCGUAACGCACAACAUCGACGACCUGACACUUGCGUUGGCCAACUUCUCUCGCGUAUCGUCCCCGGAGCCUCCGGAUAUUGCAACUUGCUGCUGCGGAAAGGAGGACUGCGAGACGAGCAAGUCAUGGUUAGCAUGGAAGUCGAAGAUGGAGAAUAGGCUGGUCCUCAGCGCAGAAGUGGGGCAAGCACUGCUCGAGAGGCACGAAGCCUUGCUCCGCCGUCAUGAGAGUUCGGCUCCCCUGGCUCCGUCCCUUCAGUCGGCAGACACACUAUCCGGCGAAGAACAUGUCGACGCCCGAGUUGCUGAGCUAGUAACACAGAAUGCUGUACUGGAGAAGCGUCUCACGAAAGCUCUCGUGAAUAGUGAAGUCUUGGAAGCGUCCAAUAAGACUGCCGUGCAGGAACUGCAGGAGGUCCGGGGCAACGUGUCCCGUCUGACUGCGCAGAACGCACGAUCGGUGGGCUGGGAGAAUCGCCUUGCUGUCGCCCUGCAGGAGAAGGACGAUAUGCAACAGGAGCGAGACAGUGCAGUCCAGAGAGCGCGUUUGGCAGAAUCCCGUAUCAGUACUCUGAAGGAGAAAUGUGCCAAGCUUCAAGCACAAGUUGCACGUCUUCGGGAGGAUCUCGAGAUGCAGCGAACACACAGACAACAGAUGUCGGAAGAAGUCUUAGCAGAUGCGCGUCUGCGGCUAGAGCAGCUGCAGCAAUCACAACUAGGGCACGCUGUGAAGACAGAUGACACCGAGGUCAUGAAAGUGCUCGAGUCUCUGGUGGCCGACAACGAAGCGCUCAAGCAUGACAGUGCCGAAUUGCAGAAUCUCCUCACCGAGGCCCGUGAAGACCUUCGCUCUCUUCAAACAGAGAUGGAGGAGCGACGUGCUGGUGAUACAUCCUACUUGCGGCAUCGAUACACGAUCAGUGGACAGUCAGAUCUCCCGGACCCAAUCUCACCCCUCUCGGCAACCUUCCAUGUCGGCACUGCACCGAGUGGGUCGGUGUUACAUUCCUGGCACAGGCAGGGCAAUCUGGGUCGGCGACCAGUCAGCGUUGAGCGUUCAUCGCGGCGUGCUUUCGAGCCUUUGACACCGGAGACAGAACGCCGACCACUGUCUCCUACCGACUCUCUAAUCCCGUCAGAGACGAAGUGGACCUCGUUUGCACGACCACAGUACACCCCUUCACACCACAGCUACGAGGACGAUGAAAGCCACGAUGGCCCGCCUAUGUCUCCGGAAAGGACCCGUGCUCAGAAGUCGCUAUUCCUUCUGACUCGUUCGCGCGGUGUACAGACAGAUGGAACCUCGGGCGGUCUGGCACCUUCUCCUAUCCCUCACUCGUUCGGCGAUUGUACAAGCACGAAGUCGUCACACGAUGGGCUAUCUGAGUCAUCAUCCCUCACAGACGGCCAAUUGGGUGCACUAGGCACCCUCAUUGAACGCGUCACCAUGCUUCUGAACAGACUCACCCAAGCCGACGCCCUCACGCUCACUAACCGGCUGAAGCGCCAGCGGCUCCUGGGCGCGGACAUCAGCCACUUAUCGCGCACGACUGUAAGCAGUAUCUUGCACGAGGCCACAUCACUUCGAUCGCACUUCCGCUCGUUCUUGGAGGACGAGAAAGCGAUGAUGACAUGCACACGUCGAGACCUACGCGCUCUCUUCAAGCUGUUCAAGGACAUGUUCUCGGAGAUGGGUCAGAUGCGCGUGACUCUGAACGACGUCAUCCUCGAUCCGUCCGUGGCGGGUAAGGUCAGCGAGAUGGCGAUGAACCUUUCCAAGGCAACUGUUGCGCAGAGUCCUGGAGGUGGGGACGCAUCCAACAACCAGGGGGCUUCCAGCUGGAUGGCACCGAUCUCGAAGCUGCUCGGUCUCCCUGGUGGCAAUGCAAGCCCAAGCGACACCGCCGCGUCCCGCGCUCUCUCUCCACCUGCUCGGGGUCGUGCACCUAGUCGGGCACCUUCGCGUAUCGUCCCUAAACGAGAAGCAGUCUUGUCCGCCUCGGCCAUGAACGUCAAUGUCGAGUUCAGUGGCACCGUCGUCGGUCGUUCGGUGACCAGCACGUACUCAGCGCACCCGGAUCGCGAGAACAGCAUCAGCAUCCUGUCGAUGCAGCACCUGCUCAACAAACCCGUGGAGGAUGCACCCAAUCCAUCUCGCAGCCUCAUGGGCAUUUUUGCAGGCGCGCCGCGCGCGGAGGACAACCCUGAUCCAUGGGUGGUCAUUCCCAAGCCGCAACGGGGAGCAGCACCCCCGGGCAUGUCCAACGCAGCGGGACCCGCAACAAUAGGGCGGUCUGCCACCCUCCGACGGGCUAGUAGCCGGCUCUCACGCACAGUGGAUGCCAUGAUCGAUGCUGACCGGGCUCGGCGGGAAGAGGAAGAUACCCUAGGCGCGCUGCUCGAACGCACGUCGAUCCACCGCGGGAUGUCCGACUCGUCCAUCCACAGCACCUUCCUGAGCCACGGCGGGGAGCGGGAUCAGCAGGGCAGCCCGCGUCAUGAGGAGCUUAGGGACCCGUCCGCACCGCAGGACAGGAACUCCGUGCUGCAGACGCUCAGCAGGCGGAUGCAGACCUUCCGCUUUGGUGGGGUCCCCUCGGACUCGCAGGCAACCGUCACGGAUGCGGGAGGGGCGUCGCGGCCAGAGACACCUGUGGGUGCGCGUGACCGCGAAGGGGGUGGUCGGGCGACGCCGACGGGAGUGCGCACAGCGUCGCCGCACGCGCAGAUCCAUGCAGGAGUCGUCCGUGCGGCGUCGCCGGCGUCGAGAGGCCUGUUCCAGAGUGUGAACCUGUCCUCAUGGGCGACGGCUGCGCUGGAUGCGUCGGCGGAUGAGUCGCCGGCGUUUCUGGCGGGGAGCCCGAGAGAGGAGUUCAUGCAUCGGCCGUGGGGACGAGAGCGGGAGACCGAGCGAAUGAUCUAGGUGGGUAUACGCAACCAACGAGAUUCUUAGAGUAUGGUGGUACUUAUGAGAAGGUACUAGUACUGUAUGCUCUUACUGACUUAGAUCGGGGCCAGGUUUGUUUGUAUAGAGGCUCGGAGGCACGCGUACGUACAGAAGUAGUCACUCUAUUUACUGGGUACGUUAUGUUCGGACUAUUGCUCUCAGGCUCGUCGCGCACACGCACACACGUCGUUUCCUUAUGUUGAAUUAUUGCACUGGAAUCUACUUGGAUACCACAUUGUACAUACCCGUCGGCCCAGGAACUGGGAUACAAUACACAGUCAAAUUAUCUUGGAUUGUGACUGGCUGCGA